AUGAACGAGCACAGGAGCACACACAGCUUGUAUGAUGCCGUGCUGCAAACGCCAUUUGUGUUAAACGCCAUCGCUAAUCGUCAGUCUUUUGGUACGCGGCAAAUAAUUCUUCUUAGGCAGUACCCCACCAAAACGUAACCACGGAAUACCGACUUGUGCUCCGGGAAGACAUGUCUUUCCCGCCCCAUCGGCCGCCCUUGGGCAUGCCGGGCAUGCCUCCCAUGUUACCACCGCCAUACUCCAUGCCUCAUCACAUGGUGGCGGGAGGCAUGAUACCGAUGGCCAUGGGUGUGAUGCCUCCGAUGAUGACGCACGUGGCCAUGACGGUGCCCCAGUCAAUCCCAAUGCUGGCGCAGCCGCCGCAGCAGCCUGUUCCGCAGUCGCGCUCGCAGGGCAAGCGCGGCCACGGCUCAGGCGCCGGGGGCGGUUCGGCCUCGUCCGGUGCCGUCAUCGAGAAGAAGCCCCUGGUGCGCCGGAACCAGCCCUCGCACGAGAACUCAUCGAAGGGGCCCCCGGUGACAGUCUUUGUGGGCAAUAUCACGGAACGGGCGUCGGACAACCUCAUUCGGCUCAUACUGCAGAGGUGUGGAUCGGUGGUCAAUUGGAAAAGAGUUCAGGGGGCAAACGGUUGGCUUCAAGGCUUUGGCUUCUGCGACUAUGGGGAUCCUGAAUCCGCCAUGCGUGCCAUCAGAAUCCUGCACGACUGGGAAAUUGGAGACAAGAAGCUUGUUGUGAAAGUGGACGCCAAGACAAAGGAGAAGCUCGACGAGUACAAGGCAAGCAAACGGACCCCACAAAAUGGCGCCGACCCGGCUGCCGCCGCCACCCCGGCCGGCGCCACCCCAGCCGGUGCCACCCCAGCUGGUGCCACCCCGGCGGCGGGAGAAGGCGGCGCAGCAGAGGCAAAGCCCGCCGCAGACGACAUUGAUGAGGCCACCUGGCGCCAGGACAGGGACACCCGCGAGUCGAUCCUGCACCUGUUGCGCUCCCACGCCGGAGAGCUCAACCGAGGCGGAGGAGGAGGCGGUGGCGGCGGCGGCGGAGGUGGCAGCGGAGGAGGAGGAGGGGGCGGAGGUGGAGGAGGAGGAGGAAGUGGCGGCGGCGGAGGAGGAGGUGAUGGUUCCUCAGCCAGGUCUCCAAGACAGUCUCGACGCGACAGCCCCGACAAUGAAAGGGAAUACAGGUCGAGCAGAAAUCACCGUCUGAUGCAAGAACUGGACGAAAUGGACAUUGAAGAAGACAAGAGGAACUUGAUCACGAGAGAGAUCGACAAAUUCAGGGACACUUACAAGAGGCAGCAGGAAGAGGACCGCGACCGAGAGCGGGAGCGACGGCGAGACCGCAAGGAGCGCCGCCCGUCGCCCGACCGGUCUCGCAUCCGGGACCGGGGAAGCGAGAGAGACAAGGAACGCAGCGGUGACCGGGGCGACCGCGGCGAUCGGGGUGACCGUGGCGAUCGCGGCGAUCGUGGGGACCGCGGCGAUCGUGGAGACCGCGGUGACAAGGAGAAGGACCAGAGGAUCUCUCGAGACCCAGACAAGGCGGAGGAGAGGUCACGGGAGAGAGAGAGGUCCGAGCGCGAACGGGACCGGGAGGCGAGAGAGCCAUCGUCGUCGUCGUCGCAACAGCCGCCCCAGCCGCCGGCGCCGCCGCGUUCAGAACGUGCACCUUCCAAGGCCCGGUCGGAGUCACCGGACUGGGUCCAGAAAAAGGAACGAGAACGGGAGAAGGAGAUGCGAGAGAUGCUUCGACGAGGCGACAAGGGUCAGGUUCAGCGACCCACCACUAAUGUAACCGAGGAAAAGCCACGUGACUCCGAGCGAGACUGGGAGAGGGAGCGCGAGGAAGAGGAGGAUGCCCACGAACGCAAGAAGAUGGAGAGGAAGCUGCGCGAGAAGGAAGCCGCUUAUCAGGAGCGGUUGCGCAACUGGGAAACGAGGGAGCGUCGCAAGGCCAAGGAGUACGAGAAGGAACGCCUCAAGGAAGAAGAGAAGAGGUCUGAAGAGGGGAAGGAGGCACGACGGUUGAAGGAGUUCCUCGAAGACUACGAAGACGAACGGGACGACGUCAAGUAUUACAAGGGCAGCUCCUUGCAACGCCGGUUGAAAGACCGCGAGAAGGAGCUGGAACUGGACAACCGGGACCGGCAGCGAGAGAGGGAGGAGCUCGAAGAACUGCGGCGGAAGCUCACCGAGGAAGGACACCCCGACCCCGAGGCGGAGGCCAAGCGGAUCCACCACGAAGAGGAGGUGCGGCUGCUCAGGCCCCUGCUCCUGCCCAUCGGGAAGCCGGACCCCGAACCCGCGCCGGAGCCAGCACACCGAGACCUGACCCCUCCCCGGCGGCCACACCACGGCCGGUUGUCCCCCAAGCGGUCCCCCAAGGCGUCGCCCAAGCAGGCGCCGCUUGCGGCCGAGCCGCGAUCCCCGGCACCCACCAUGGCGGCACCGGAACAGCCGGAGGUUCCCUCCGCGGCGAGGGCAGCCGGCUACGCCGCCAUGGGGUCUCCCCAGCGACUGUCGUCGGUGUCCCCCAGGGCCCCCUCCUUUGCCCCCUUGAUCUCGCUGGAGGAGGACAACAGCGGCCAGAACAGCCUGUCCGGCUUCUCGGACGUCCUGGUCACCCCCAAGGAGGAGGCCAGGCCCAUCGGCUUUGGCGUGCUCAAGCUGGGCAGUGGCGGUGCCAGCCCAAACCCGCCCUCGGGGCGCAAGAGCCCUUCCGCGGGGGGCGGCAAGCGCAAGAAGCAGCUGUCGGCGGCGGCCUCGGAGGCGUUUGGGGCCGAGGAAGAGGAGGAGGUGGUGGAGACGCGCAAGAAGCGCAAGCUGGUGCCCCUGGAGGAGGACGAGAAGCACAUGAACACGGAGGAGAAGCGCAAGCACAUCAAGAGCCUCAUCGACCGCAUCCCCACCUCCAAGGAGGAGCUGUUCAACUUCAACUUCGACCGCAGCCUCGUAGACAAUGCCCUGAUGGACAAGAGGAUCCGACCGUGGAUCAACAAGAAGAUUGUGGAGUACAUUGGAGAGGAGGAACCCACCCUGGUGGACUUUAUCUGUUCCAAAGUGCUGGCGGGCAGUGCAGCGCAGAGCAUACUCAACGAUGUCUCUAUGGUUCUCGACGAGGAAGCGGAAGUCUUUGUGGUGAAAAUGUGGCGCCUGCUCAUCUACGAAAUAGAAGCCAAGAAAGUGGGUCUCGUGAAGUGAGGCCGGACCGGUCCGGGAGCGACGACGCGGCGUGCAUCAGGACUUUGUACCGCCUUCUUCCCCUCCUUCUCUGUAUUGUGGUACUCCUAUCGUUGUCGGUUAUUUUUUUACGAAGUACCACCGUCUGUAAAUAUGGUGUCCCCUCUUUUCCACUUCCCGGGCGUACGUCUUUUUUUUUUUUUUGCCCGGGUAAUUUCAACUGCCAGUUACUUUUUUUUUUCUCUCUCUCUCUCUCUUUUUGUAUUAAUAGAACCGGUUUCUUCGUGCAAAACAGCACAAACAUCAAUUUCGGCCGCGAUGACGGAUCGAGGGUCAAUCAAGUGUGUCCGUCGUUGCGGCCCCCCAGCUUUUUUCGAAUGCGUCACUUUUGGCAUGCUUUUAGGGCAAGCUUUCCUGACCCCGCGGUUUCUCGUGCCGCAAGUUCUUAGUUUGUUUUUAACCGACUAAGAAGCACGUAAACUGGUUUUACAGUAGGCGGGUAUUGCGCAGAUUUGUCUCUACCGUCUCCAAAUUCGUUCGGUGAAGGCUCUCCUCCAAGUUGUGAUCAGCGCUCGGCAAUCUGCAGCGCACGUGAAAUAGGAUUUUUUUUUUUUUUUCUCUUACGAUGUCUGUUGGCGCGGAUGCAAGUUUUCUUCCGGGUCUAGUUUCUUGUAUAUUGAGAACCAAAUUUUCUUUUCUCUUCGUCUCUCAUUCUGCCCUUUCCUUUUUGCAUUUUGUUUGUAAUAAAAAAAACAAAAGAGCAGUUGAUUUGCGACUGUUUCGGACUGUCUUCGUGAGUUUUCACAAAUAAAGCUGGAGUAUGUGGAGUCGACA